ACCAUAAAAUAAUGAACUGGGAAACCACGUUGAAGUUUCCAGCGAGUGUCCCAAUUUCUAAGGAAGCCCAGGAUCUUAUUCAAAAACUUUGCUGCGAUGUAAAGCACCGACUUGGUAAAGAUCGAGGCUUUGAAGAUAUUAAAAACCAUCCGUUUUUUAAAAAUGUGAAUUGGGAUUCUGUAAGGGAUGAAAAAUCUUUAUUUAAUGUGAACGUGAAGUCCAUCGACGAUACUUCAAACUUCGACGAAUUUCCUGAUGGCGAUCCGAAUUUGAAGAAUCCAGUGCCUGCAAAAUCUUUGGGAACUGUUAAAGAUUUGGCUUUUCUUAAUUAUACUUAUAAAAGAUUUGAUGCGCUGACUACGAGGGGCCACUUUAAAUUUUGA